UGUACUGGAUAAGGUCUUCUCUCUUAGCCCGGUGUAGUUUGGCUGUUUUGAGAACAGGGCCAUCUGCUCAUUGUGGAUUCACCAUGGUGUUGUGGAUGGAGGUGGAGAGGUCUGCCCUGUGCCUUGAAAGCAUCAGGCAUUGGUCAAUGCUAUAACUUCUGCCUAUGAAUCAGACAAUCACAGCUAUGGAAAGAUAUACAGCACAACUAUUUAAUACACCAAUGUACUAUGCCAAGGAGUGCCAGGGCAUGCAUAACCACAGAGCGUUUAUUGAUGAGACUAUGAAACACCAGCAUUUCCCUCCCAGAGUCUUUGAUGACCCUAUGGCAGGAAGAAUUGUGUGUACGGAAGGAGUGGAGGAAAUUGCCACUGCAGUGAAAUUUUUACAGAACCAAAGAGUUCGUCAAAGUCCAUUAGCAACAAGAAAAUCCUUCCUAAAGAGAAAAGGUCUAACAGAUGAAGAAGUUGAGAUAGCUCUACAGCAGUCGAACACUGCUACUGAUGAAGUAUUUGCGCCUGUCUCCCAACAGCACUUGGUGCAACCAUCACAACUCGCUGUGCCAAACAGUCCUCCUAGUUCCAGGUGGCGGGAAUAUGGCGCCUUGGCAAUCAUCAUGGCUGGGAUUGCAUUUGGCUUUCACCAACUAUACAAGAGAUAUAUUCUGCCUCUUCUAGUGGCCAGCAAAGAAGAUAAAAAGCAUCUACAGAGGAUUGAAUCUGGUGUUACUGAGCUAAGUGGGACCAUAACACAGACAGUGACACAACUACAAACAAAUCUGACCACAGUGCAGGAGCUUCUGGAACAGCAGCAAGAAAGGUUACAAGAGCUGUCCCAAGAACUGACUGGUACCAAGGUUGCCUCUUCAACAAAUUGGCUUCUGGAAUCUCAGAAUGUGAAUGAAUUGAAAGCUGAGAUCACCUCAUUGAAAGGGCUUCUCCUAAGCAGGCGACAGUUCCCAUCUUCACCCUCAGCUCCAAAGAUACCCGCCUGGCAGAUUCCAGUCAAGCCAUCAACAAUAACCACAUCGGUAACGGCCAAUCACAACAACAGCAGCAGUGACAUCUCACCGGUCAGCAUUGAAUCUGCUUCAUCCUCUCCAGCCACAGAGAACCAUAGCCAUGAAGGGGCCAGUCUCAGUGGCCAUGUCAUUAACAGCAGCAAUGUUGACGUUAAAUGUCAGGUGAGGAUGGAAGUCCAAGGUGAAGAAGAUAAAAAACAAGAGAAUGAAGAUGAGGAUGAAGAUGAUGAUGUCAGUCAUGUGGAUGAGGAGGAUUGUCUGAAUGUACAGACAGAGGAUAGACGAGGUGGGGAUGGACAGAUAAAUGAGCAAGUGGAUAAACUACGGCGUCCAGAAGGUGCCAGUAAUGAGAAUGACAUUGACUAAUUUGCAAAUGUGACUGGCCUCCACAAGCAGAAAGUCCUUAAUUCCAUUAAUUGACUGUAAAUAUUUGCUUAUUGCAUCCUGAGUGGUGGAUUUUUGCAAUCCAGCAAAUUACACAUGUAGCACAUGUAAACUCCAGAUGUAUAUGUGUGGCUAGUUACACCCAGGUACAUUUUGGUGCAACAUCAUUGCAUGACCAGGUCUGAAGAGUCAAGGGUUUAUUUUAGCACGCAAAGAGUGAAGUGCCUCGUUGGCGAAGAAGUCAAAACGCUCACUGUAAUCUACCUGGUCAUAGAUUAAAGACCCCAUAAAAUUCCA